CGCAGAAGAAGGCUGCCCUGCGUAAAGAUGGCCGACGCGGACUCCUAACGGAGCGGGUCACCCUCACGUGGCAGUGGCAGAAGCCGCCUCCUGGCCAACCUCGGGCGCUUCUCCGCGGCCCGGAAGCAGAUCUCUGCUGGUCUCCUAGCAGCCGCCGGUGCGGGGAGGCAGCCGCGGCUGCUGCCCGUGGCGUCUGCGCCGGUGCUUGGCAGAGUAUUCCAGAGACCAUCUGUGGCCGUUUUCAAGUUAGUUCCACUUAAUGAGGUUAUGGGAGAGAAGGAGCCAUGUCAGAAGAAGCUGUUACUGAGGCACGGUUUUCCCUGAAGACAGUAGCUUUACGAGUAUUUCAUCUUCCCCUUUCUUGGUAUUAUUCUCUUAACCAGAUAAAGCUUUCCCCUGGGUUAAGGAAACUCUUCACGGUAACAGCAGUGAGCGCAAUAUCUGUUAUUUUUCUGGCCCAUCACUUUAAAAGAAGACGUGGAAAGAAAAACAAGAAAGUGCCACCAUGGGAACCAAGUCAUCUAGUAUUAGAGUGCACCAAAGCAGCUGCGUCAGAAAAAGGUUCCAGCUGUUCCAGUAGUCGGCAAAACUUGACUCUUUCUCUGAGCUCUGCCAAGGACAAAGGUUCUCAGUCUUGUAUCUAUACAAAUGGAGGACUUUUCAGUAAAUACUCUGGUUCAGUUCAAAGCCUGGCCUCGGUUCAGAGUGCCACCUCUUGUCACAGUUGUGCUUGUGCCAAUUCUAAUUCCUGGGACAAAGCAGAUGAAGAUGAUAUUAAGCUGGUCAAUAUUCCAGUGACCACACCUGAAAAUUUAUAUUUGAUGGGUAUGGAGCUUUUCGAAGAAGCCCUGCGGCGAUGGGAACAGGCACUAACUUUCCGUAACAGGCAAGCUGAAGAUGAAACGGCUUGUGGUUCCAUUAAACUGGGAGCAGGAGACGCAAUUGCAGAAGAAAGUGUAGAAGAUAUCAUUAGUGCUGAAUUCAUUCAUAAGCUUGAAUCCCUUCUUCAAAGAGCUUAUCGGCUUCAGGAGGAGUUUGAAGCUACCCUUGGGGUUUCUGAUCCUGCUUCACUAGCUAAUGAUAUUGAUAAAAAUACAGACAUUACUGUAAAGGAUAAUACAGAUGAUUUCUGCCUUCGAGAUACAUUAAGCGUUGCAUCAACAGACUCCUUUGUUUCCACAGCUGAGCUCACAGAGCACAGGGAGAUUCGUAAUCCGUAUGGUCUAGAUUCCCUUUGCCAUUGCCCGCUGUAUGAAGAAGCCAUGCACUUAGCAGAAGAAGGCAAAAUUUAUUCACGAGUGUUAAGGACUGAAAUGUUUGAAUGCCUAGGAGACAGUGACUUCCUUGCUAAGCUUCACUGCAUUCGACAAGCUUUUCAGAUAAUUCUUUCAGAAACAUCAAACAGAAUAUUUCUUGCUGAAAGUGGAAGAAAAAUUUUGUCCGCUUUAAUUGUGAGAGCACGAAAGAAUCCAAAGAAAUUUGAAGAUGUCUUUGAUGAGAUGAUACAUUUUUUGGAACAAACAGAUCACUGGGACAAUACUGAAAUGGAACUUGCUGCUAGAGGAGUGAAAAACCUGAAUUUUUAUGAUGUUGUUCUGGACUUCAUAUUAAUGGAUUCAUUUGAAGAUUUAGAAAAUCCACCAAUAUCUAUUCAGAAUGUAGUAAAUAACCGCUGGCUAAAUUCAUCUUUUAAAGAAACAGCCGUGGCUUCAAGCUGUUGGUCAGUCCUGAAGCAGAAACGACAGCAAAUGAAGGUGCCUGAUGGAUUUUUUGCACAUUUCUAUGCUAUAUGUGAACAUAUCAGUCCUGUUUUGGCGUGGGGAUUUUUGGGCCCUAGAAAUUCGCUUUAUGACCUGUGCUGCUUCUUCAAGGAUCAAGUGCUUUUCUUCCUCAAAGACAUUUUUGACUUUGAAAAAGUGAGAUACUCAACCAUGGAGAGUUUGGCUGAAGAUCUUAUGCAAUUAUUAAUCCGACACACUGAACUUUUAAUGGCCUAUCUUGGAGCAGACUCGCUAAGACACAUCAGUGCUUGUGUAAGUGGUCACGGGCAUGUCAUGACCAGUGGGCUUGUGGAAGCAAAAGUACAGUAAACUUAAACCCCUGACAGAUGAAAUAGGGUGCACUUUGACGUACUCCUUCCCACCUUUUAUCUAAGCCCGGAGUUGUCAUUGCUGUUACUGAGCGAGCAUCUGAAAAUGUAUCGUGUCGCUAAGUGUGGAAAAGGACUUACGGAGGUUAAAUGUACAUCUGCGAAAAGAACUGGUGAGCAUAUUAUUGUAUGUACCUAAAUUACAUUUGCAGCUCAGCUGUCACUGUAUUUAUAGUUCCUGUAUCCCAAAGCUUUUUUUCCUUUUCCUGUAAUAUUUGGGUAAAGUUUAUUUAUGAAAUACUGUACUUUUGCACAGAUAAUUUGUAAGUGAAGCUGAUGGAGUUAUUUCCUUUAAAGGCUUAUAGUACAAAGUGUUCAUUAUAGAGUCUCCAAGUCAUUGUCUGUCUAAAUCUAGGAGGUGUUUUGAUGGGGGUAUAUGCAGUCUCUGACUCAUGUGACACGUGCAAUAAUGUAAUCACACUCACAAAAAUGAACAUCUUGCCACUGCCCUGCAAUUGCAUUUGUGUGGGUGUAAGCAGUCAUGUUGUACUACAGCGCAACAGAGCGGUGUAGGACCUGCAGGCACUGUUGGGGCAGGAAAGACUUCUGGUAUGCAUUUUUAUUUUGUUUUAAAAUAUCUAAACAUCGUGAAGGUGUUUGAGAGCACUUAUUUGUAUUCAAAAAGCUAUGCUAUCUUCAUUAAAUAAUUUAAAACUUUUCCUUUUUCUAAAACUGUUACUACUUUCUAUGGUGGUGGUAAAUAAACUAAUAGCAUUCGCAGUUCAUAUGUAGCAUUUCAAAAUAUAUUUUUAAAUAUGAGUGUAUGAUGAGAUUUGUUAAUCAUGAAACAGCAUCCAAGGCAGUGUUUUAUAAUUAAAAGCAUUUCUGUCUUCCUCCCUUCCUUGUAGGAAGUCAAGUAUCUAUUUAAGAGGAAAUUUAAGCAAUUGUGGCCAUCUAUGUGCAAUGCAAACCAGGCUCAGGAUAUGGAACUUUAGAUAGGAGCACAGCCCAGUAAGGAGGUAGGAGGGAACUCGCAGUAACAUUUUUUCCUGUGCCAGGGGUAAUAAAUGAUGAUGAUCUGUAUCUUUGAAUUUCUGUAAGCUGAAACAAUGCUUCGUAGUUAGCUUAGGCUUUUAAACUACGCUUACAAACGGUUUGCCACACAAAGCCAGCCCACAGGAAUCCUGUGUCAGGUAAUACAGAGUAAGUAAUUACAGACUCAUUCUAAAUAUUCAGGUACUUGAGAAGCAUGUUGUUUAAAUCUAGCAAAUUGAAACAAACAUUCAUUAUAAACAUCUCAACUUUUGUUGCAAACACAACCCAAACCAAUGAUAUUUGAAAAGGAAGGUGUGUGUAAUUCCGUGGAUUUUACUGAAGCUGACAUUUUCCACCUUGUUGUACUCAUUUGAUAAAUAGAAAAAUGAUGAAAAUGUGUCGUAUGACUUGUGUGAAAUGCCAACUGACUGUAGUUUAUUAAAAAAAAUACCCAUAAAGUAUAAUUCUAUGUGUAAUAAACCAGAAAUUCCAAAUGGUGCUGUUGGCCUAUUUCCACCAUUCAAGUUGCUGAAUUUGCUCCGUGCUGCACUUUUUUCUCUGCAAUGUCUUUAAUACCAGAAUGUAAAGUUGUUUUCACGCAUCUCACUUAGAUUAAACAUCCUUAUUUCCCUCAAUCAUGCUGCUCAAAAGUAUCUGUCUUGUUAGAUUCAGAAUCUAUAGGAAUAGCUGGAACUAGAGGCAACAGAGUAAAUGGCAAGUUACACAGCAGAUGUACUACCUGGAGGUUGCAAUAUGUCAAAGGAAAUGAUCUGUGGUUUGUCUAGUCUAAUAAAAUGAUAUGAAGAAAAUGACACCUUAGCAUUCAUCACAGGAAAACAAAACCGCACUUUUUCACAGAAGUAAACGUAUAUUUCAAUGAGUGAUUUUUCGUAUUAUUUAUAAAAAGCUCUUGAAGAACAUGCAACAGUGUUGCAGAUGAUAUUAUGUUUCCAGAUAAUUUAAUAGUUGAUCUUCUAUUGAAACAGAAAUGAUUUUUGUUAAACAGAAGAGUGAAAAAUGUCUAAUGAAACACCAAAACAUCUAGAAAAUGGGUAAGAACCUGGUAAUAUCCGGCUUAAACAAAGGUAUCCAUUUAAAGUAGGAGCACUUCUAUGCCCUGAUAGAGCUCUCAAAAUUCCAUAGAAUCACGUUGGAAACUGGAUGGAUGUAUUUCCCAUCCAGAAUAAGAAUUACAGUAUCUGGUUGCUGUAAGAUACCACCAACAUUCAGAAACUAUUAAGAAAGGACGAAAGAGACAGAGAGGGAAGAGGGAGAAACAGGGAGAGGAAGAAGCCGAUGUGCAGGUACAUGUGAGGAUGCUUCGCAUCUCCUGUGGUCUCUUUGGACCUUUUCACCAACACAUUCUCAUACGCUGUCCUUCUACCUCUAGAGACAGAUCUAUACGUUUAAAUUGGAGACAGCUGUCUGCUUGGAACACGGAACUGCAACCAGUUCUGUUAUCACCUAAGCUUUCCGCACCUUAGCGAGGAGGUGGGUAAAGAAUAUCUGCUGAUACCCAGCCAUAUGGCUUCAGAAUUUCAAAACUCCAUGAUCUUCUUUUGAAUACGUAAGUGUGAUGAUAAUAUAAUGCAGUUCUACCGUAGUGAAUUCAUAAUCAAAAUCAGAAUUUGGUUUAUAACAUGUAAAUUUUUAAAUAGUUUUGAACGCCCCUUUCCCUGCUAAUAAGAACGAGCUAAAUUUAAAAGCAGUCCUCUCCUGCCAUGACUGUGCUCCUAAAAUCAUAAAUGUUGAAUGUGUGGGGAUUAUACAAGAAUCAAAUAUUUAUAUCAUUUGUAGUUUAGUUGUAAUCAUAAUCUCACUUUUAAUGUGUUGUUAAUGGUUAUUAUACUUCACUUUUGUAGUCUUUGGUCUCUAUCAAACUAAACGUGUCAAAUCAAGUGACAGAGUAAGUGUAUUUGUGAACUUUCUGUUGCCUAAAUGAACUGCAGUUGUGUAUAUUAAAUAAAAUAAUACAGGGAAACAA